UGCAAGGGGGAGCUGAGAGCCUUAUAUGCGUGUGCGUUUUUCGGAAAUAUUUGUGAACUUGCGCCAUCUUCAGAGAAAAAGAGCUGCGGGAAGUGGGAAAAAGCAGGAGAGCUGCCAUUGAGCGCCAAGUGAGUGUGAACAUAUAGUUUAGAAGAUUGCAGAAAAGGACGAAGAUCUAAUAGAAAUAGGCGAAAUCACCAAGCGCAAGUCAGAUGAAUUGGGCAACUAUUCCCGUUCUUGUGCUUGCCGUGGUGGUGGGAGCUCAAGGUUCAUGUGACCAAUAUGUUAUGAAGAUUACUGCCCUGGAAAACAGCACAUGCAUUCCUCACCGUUUCUCCGCGCCAGACGACAACCCCAUCGUGGAUGGGCUCAAUGGAUAUAAAUGCAGGCCGACUUUGAAAGUAACGACCAACUGCACGUGCAAGAUUGGAAGCGCUGCAACUGACAAGCAAUACUGUGUGCAAAGUAUCGCUUUCACGAAAGAUGACUAUGCAGUAAAUGUAACCCUCGGAUUAUGCAAUGCCAAAGGAUGGUGCGACAUCAAGGGCAUUGAGGCGUACUGGCAAGUGGACGUGAGAAAUCAAGAUGUUGCAGAACACCUGAAAGCAUUUCAACGGCCUCCGUGCGUUGCCCCCAGUGUCGACGUUUCACCGGAGCUGUCGGCUGCGGCAGGCUGCGAGUACUUCUGUUAUCAAAGGCAUAACAACGACAUCGACGAUGGAAGACCCUGCGUUAUGGAGUGGUAUCCGGCUAGCAUAACAGGAGAGCCAGUAGUGACACUUACUGGGGCUUGCUCUAAAGGAAUAUGCCGUUAUAAUGAUUCCAGCUGGAACCCCUCGGAAGGCUUGUGCCAUGACAGUGGUCGUUACAGCAAGUACGGCGAAAUUGUCGGAGGAUGUACGUAUAAGUGCCCGGACGAUACUAAACGAAAUCGCCCCUACGGACUGACGUGCUUGAUUAGCAAGACGAGGUUUACAAAUCGAAACGUGGUCGGCGUCUGCAAUGGCGGAUCCUGUGCCGAAAUCCGUGAGGACGAUCCCUGCGCAAUGAAGCAUUAUAAUGCACGAACUGUUCCGCAACGAGUAUCGAAGAGUUGUCUGUGUCGCGGUGAGCCGGUGGCUAAUGGAACAAUGUGUGCUUUGGCCUAUUCCUUUGGCUUCGAAGGCUACAUGUUGCAGAAAGUCGGAGUCUGCAUGGGCGGCACAUGUCAAGAACGGCCACCAGAGGGGCCCCCUAAACAUAUAUUUAAGAGAAAGGAGUGCAAGACAAAGGACGUGCAAGUAACUCCUGAGCUGAUGGUGGCUGCUGGCUGCCGAGCCACGUGCCGACGCUACGAGACCGAAGACCGCCCCAAUGGGACACUGUGCUUCCUGCGCUACACGCGGGGCUCCUUCAGUUACUUUCAAAACAGGAGAACGUACCACAUCGGUGAAUGCGACGGCGGCGAAUGCCGGUACUCCAGAAACAGCUUCUAUAUCAAGCUUUGAGCACGCCGACUGUGUCCCGCGUGCGUAUCUCAAAACAAGGAUGAGGGAGUACACGAGUAAGAUAAAAUCAUUUCACUGCACAUUGAAUGGCUGAGCGUGACUCCUGCAACCUAACCAGUUUCUGGUAUGCACGAAACAGUAAUAGAAGGGAAAUAAAAUACAUG